AGCGCGAGCAUCCAGAUUCUUCUCAUCCUCCAGUGAGCAGGAAGCUGGGAGGCGAGCUAAGGGGGGUCUGUUUAACCGCCACUACUGGACAAGAGGCAGAACCGCUUUACAUUUAAACCUCAGCUUUCAUUGAUUACAUUUUAAUUCGUCUAUUCAUCUGACACCUGAAGUGAAUGUGUCGUCCGGCCGUGGUUUUGGCGGUGCUCGCCGCGUGUGCCUGCAGUUUGCCUGUCCCGGCUUUAGGCAGCGUCCAUCUCAAUUACAGACCCGUAAUCGGUGUUCUGGCCCAAGAGAACUUAGAAGGUGACCCUCAUGCCCAAGGAUCCUCCUACAUAGCUGCUUCUUAUGUAAAGUAUUUGGAGUCAGCUGGUGCAAGGGUUGUACCAAUAAGGAUAAAUGGCACAGAAGAGGACUACACCGAAAUAUUCUACGCAAUAAACGGGUUGUUACUGCCAGGUGGAGAUGUUGACCUUCAGAAGUCCCAGUUCAGCCGCAUGGCCAAGAUUUUCUAUGAACUGGCAAUCAAGGCCAACGAUGCAGGGGAUUAUUUUCCAAUUUGGGGAACUUGUCAGGGCUUUCAACAGCUGACCGUCCUUACUAGCAACAAAAACCUGCUGACCUUAACAAACACCAAGGCUGUGGCCUUGCCACUCAUCUUUUCCCAGGGAGCACAGAACAGUCGGCUGUUCAAAAGCUUUCCAAAGGACCUUCUUCUCUCUCUUUCAGAGGAGAACAUCACAUCCAACUUCCAUAGCUGGAGCUUGUCUGUACAGAAUUACACUCGCAAUGCCAAACUCAAGCGUUUCUACAAAGUUCUGACCAUAAACACAGACGGCAGAAAAGAGUUCAUUUCUACGAUGGAAGCUUACCGAUACCCAUUCUACGCAGUCCAGUGGCACCCUGAGAAGAGCCCCUUUGAGUGGAUAGACAAGCCUGGCAUGGUCCACUCUGUCUCUGCCAUUAGAGCGUCCUUCUACACAGCUAGCUUCUUCGUCUCCGAAGCUAUGAAAAACCAGCAUCGCUUCCCCACGCCACAGGAGGAGGAAAAGGCUCUUAUUUACAACUACAUGCCUGUCUUCAAAGGCUUGGAUUCCAUCUUUAUGCAGAAUUAUUACUUUGAUUAAGCAUUUUUCCUGUAUCGCAAUAUGAAUGGCCAUAUUAAUGUGGAACCUUAGUGUUUUGUUUCUUUCAGUGUUUUACUGUCGGAGCAAGAACGUUUAUACAUGUGUUUACUGUAGCAGAGGCACCAUUUAAUCCGUUAUGUUUAUUUUAAUGUCAUUAUUUUUAUUGAGAGUUUACUGAAUGGCAAAAUCAGUUUACAGUUUUUAUGUGAAUGUUUGGUUUUUUGUAGCAAGAAUUGCCAAAUUAUGCUGCUUGAUUUCUUUUUGCGAUCUCUGCAGAUUUCCUUUCUUUUUACUUAUUUAGUUUCUGCUUGUUCUUUUAGAGAUAGGCAUGUUUUUUUGUAAACUCUGCAUCAUUGAAUGUAGCAGUGACUAGAUCAGCGACACUAACUCAUCUUGCUAUGGCUCGAGAAGUCUUGUGAUUGUUCAGACAAUCUUAUCAGAAAUCUGCCUUUUAUUGCUGAAAUGAGCUGCUGUUUUUGUGUUAUUAUGUUCUUAUUUUUAAUCAUGUAGGCAGCAGGUUUCACAGUGCAAUGGAAAACCGACAACAGAAUAUAGUACGAAAUGGAAACUUUAUCCUCUCAUGCUUUGCAUGUCAGAGUCCAAUCAUGAACAGCUGAAACUGCUGCUGGCCAACGGAGGCCUUUGACCAGUAAUUCUGUGUGACUCGCCCAUUAAAACAUAGCAAUAUCCUUGAUUAUCUAAAGCAUGUAAAUUUGCAAAUCUAUAGAAGGGCGAAUGUCACAAAAACACUAUUAGAACUGCUUGGUUGAUCGACUUAUGUAUGUAUAAAGCUGUCUGUGGUCCUGUGUUAUGGCUGUCAUUCUGAGUGUUGUGCACCGGAGUAUUUCAGUUAUGUAAGUGAUAUUGAACAUGCAUGUAGAGUGAAAGAGGUUCAUUAAAAUGUGUGUGUAUACAACAGCUU